AUGACUUCGUCCAGCGCCGGGCACGACGGCCUCCGCGACCACAACCACCACAACCACCACAACCACCAGAACCACGAUGCCCAUCCCGAAGUCGAAGCUCAAGCAAACGCCCCGGCUGCGGUCGCCACAGCCCCUGCAGCUGCCAUGGCCCCUCUGGCAGUGACAGCCGCGGCGCAGCAGGAAGCAGCGCCGCCCGACAGGCCAGAAGCUGCCGCCGUCUCGAUGGAGACCGAAGCCGCGCAAGAGCCGGCGCAAGAGCCUGGGACUUUACAGGUAGAAGUACCUGCGACGGUGGUGGAACAGAAAACAUUGUCCGAUGCGCAGCCCAACUCCAAGGGCGGUGACGUCCCCGUUCCAGUUGCGGCUGUUGCUGCCGAGGCUGCUCCUCCUCCAACAACAUCAUCGCCUUCAUCAAAUUCCGCUCCGGCGCAACAGCAAACGGCCGCGACCACCUCUGCUCCUCCAGCCGCUACGGAGGCUUCGGCAGGCUCAUCUUCCGCAAAUCCCACCACCACCCAGUUUUCAACUUCACAGCCACCUUCCAAACCUGACGCAAGUGCCGAGACCGACAACACAACCCAACAUCUGCCCGCUUCAUCAACAGCAAACGCCUCUGGCGAAUCUGGCGAAUCAAGAGACAAGCCUGCAUCUGGAGAUAUCAAGACGGAGGAUGUUACGAUGAUGGAUGCUCCUGAUUUCCAACCCUCAACGCCCUACGCACCACAGGCCCCCAUAGACCAUCGACAUGCGUACAUGAUGAUGGCUCUGGCUUCCAUGUCUGCGGCACCGCCCGCCAUGUCACCACCACCAACUGUAACCCCAUCACAAGUGACUCUACCUAACAUAAUGGGAGACGGGUAUUUUGGCAUGGGUUCGGCCAAUAACAACAACCUGCGACAGCCCGGGCCUGGCACAGACAUGGGCCUCGAGUCGUUUGCUCGUGUUGAGUUUGCCGACAGUGUCUUCCAGAUGACCACCUACGCCGUCAUUAUUGGUCGAGAUCAGCGAGCUCUGGAACAAGCCAGGCGUGACGAAAAACGUGCUGAUGAUUAUAAACGGCGAACUGAGGAGAAUGCCAGCAAAGGGCUUCCGCCGCCAUCUCCCAUUGUCCAGGACCGCCACAAGUUUAGUAAAUCAUAUGUCAGCGAGGAGGGCGGCAUGCUGGGUCCCGAAUCAGAUAGCGAAGAAAACGGACGUCCGACAAAACGGCGCAAGACCAGUACUACAGGAUCGUCCCAUGAAGAAGUUGAAAAUUCCCAAGAUAACGUUAUAUCAAAUCGCCAAUACGUCUCUCAUACCCCUGGGGCAGCUGCUGUCGACCUAACCUCGUUGAGGCCAUCUCCUUGGCACGUUCCCUUCAUUGGUAUUCACUCCCCUGGUCCGAAUAUCGCAAGCAAGACCAAGGCCAUUUCCCGGGAACAUCUCAAGAUUGCGUAUAAUCAAGCCGAGGGUGUAUUCGAGGCCAUUCCUUUGCACAAGAAUGGCUUUUUCUGCGAAGAUGUGCAUUACAAGAGCGAAAAGGUUGUGCUGAGGUGUGGCGACCGAUUACAGAUCAAGGACAUUGACUUCAGAUUUAUUAUUAAUGGAGUCGAAAAGGGGCGAACGGGCGCAGAAGAGUAUCAAGAAGAAGACGCUGCUAAGAAACGGCAUUCCCAUGGUGGAAAGAGCAUGAGCUUCGACUUUGAACAGUCUCACGGUAAUGGCCAGAUCCAAGAUACAAGCGAUGAGCUAUCAGAUGUGGAAGUCAGCCCGGUCGAACUGUCCGAUUUUGGCGAAGAUGAUGAGGAAGAAGGGGAUGAAGAGGAGGUAGCUGAAGAAGAAGGAGAAGGAGAGGGCGAGGGCGAAGGAGACGCAGAUGCAGACGCAGACGGAGACGCAGACGGAGACGGAGAAGACGGAGAAGAUGGAGAUUUGGAUGCGCUCGAAGCAUCCAUCGAAGGAGAUUCUGAAAUCAAAGAUGAAGGAGACGCUCACAAUGACCCUUCAAUGCCACAGAUGGCUAGAAAGCGAGGCCCUGGUAGGCCUCCCAAGAACGGUAUCAUGUCAAAGAGGGAACAACGCUUGCUUAAGAAGCAGCAGCAAGAGAUGGCCAAGAAGACAUUACCUCAAGCGCCACCAGUUGAACCGCCCCUCAAGCGCAAGGUCGGCCGGCCUAGGAAACACCCACUACCCGAAGACGGAACUGACCGCCCAGAGAAGCGCAAGUAUAAGCCGCGGAAACCCAAGAAUGAAGAUGGUGUCGAAGGCUCUGAUGCGGAGCGACGAGCGAGAGAGAAGAAGGAGAAGAAGUCACGGCCCAAGUCACCUCCUCUGGAGCUCAAGAUUGAGGAUUAUACAGAAGAGCAACUUCAGAAGCCAAACAAGAACUACGGAGUUCUUAUUGACGAAACAUUGACGGCAGCAGGUCCUGACGGUCUCACAUUGAAGCAAAUUUACAAGAGGAUUUGCCAAAGAUACCCGUGGUUCUAUUUCCACACCGAGACCAAGGGAUGGGAAAGUAGCGUUCGCCAUAAUCUGAUUGGGAACGAAGCGUUUAAGAAAGAUGAGACGACAAAUCUGUGGUCCCGAGUGCCUGGCGUGGAGUUGGAUGCUGGCAAGAAGCGAAAGGCAGCCUCUCCUGACCGAGGAUUGGUGGCUGCACAGGCAUAUGGGCACUACUCUUACCCAUAUGCUGCACAGCAUAUGGCUCCCGGCGCGCAUCAUGGUUACCCUCCUAGCCAGACACCUGCUCCUGGAUACCAAGCGCCUGCAUAUGCUGGACAACCGGCUCAUGCGGCGCGCCCUGUGCAGUACGGUGCCUCUCAAUCACCUCCUAUACACCAACCUGUCCAGCCUGCACAGCCGGUACCAGUGCAACCGGUCCAACCGGUCCAACAAAUCGUAGGUGCGCCACCUCCGGCCCCUAUUCAGCUGUCAGGAUACGGCCCUCCUGCAGCCCCAGCUCGCCCUCAGCUUGGCGUGGCUCAGCCAGGAGCCUACAGCUCGCCUUAUGCCUCACGGCCGCCUCCCUUGACAACCCCACCUGUAAAGGCCGAGGAUGCCGGUGCCAGUGUACCAUCUGCUGCUGUGCCUGGCCAGCGACCUAUUUCGGCCGCCUCCGCAGAGUCGAAGCCAGUCAUUGCGUCGACAUCGCAUCAGGCGGCCACCCAAGCUGGAACCGGCCACCCAACCACAGCUCGGCCGUCAGCAACGCCUGCUAGGCCCAUUAUCGAACCUCGACUUCUCACUGCGGUUGUGGGCCUCAAGAAUGGCCUGGUAGAAAAUCUCAAGAAGGCUGGCAACCCCAAAGCCGAGGCUAUCGUCAUGUCAGCUCUGAACCGGUGCAUCGGGCUCAAGAAGGAAGCCACUGAAAAUGAUAAGAUGGAAACAAUCUGCAUCAAGGGUAUUCGUCAAGUCAUUGAUGGCUUCACCAAAGGCAAAAGCCCUACCCCUAGCGGCUCUACUCCGCUACCAACAGACACACCACCUGUUUUCGAGCCCAAGGUGCUAGCGGCUUUGAAUGGCCUCAAGGACGCCUCUGUCAAUGCGAUCAAGGCGGGCCUGGGCGCAGCCAAGGCUGAAGCUGUAACUCUAUCGGCUAUUGAUCGUGUUAUUGGCCUUGCAGAUGCAAGUAUAAUGCCCAAGGCUGCAGAGGGCGAGCCAGCCAGCAACUUUGAGGGUGUAGAGCAGCACCUUAUGAAGUCAAUCCGCCAGCUUCUACAGGGCAUGAAUCAGAAGCUACAAGGCGACUCAUAAGAGCAUUGGGAAAUCUGGGAGGAGUGAACAGUGAUGAUUAUAAUAAUACUAGAGGACCUAUAUGUUAUUUUGACGAAUGAACAUGACUUGACAAUUUUUACAAUGACUGCACUGUCUGUCGUAUGGAUAGUAGUGGGACUAGGACGCAAAAAGGAACUGUUGGAGGCGUUGCUGACCACUAGAUAAAAAAGACGGACAGGGGAACACAAGUUUUUUGUUGCUUUAUGAUAGCGUCUCUGUUUCCCAUCUCUGCCAUUCAGGGAACGAAUAUAAUAUUUGAUAGUUUGUAAAGACAUUUCCAUCUC